AUGGCCCCUCCCAGGAAAUCUGAUUUUAAACUCCUGUGGCUUAAGGUUUUGCAGUACAGGCUGACGACUCCCCCGGGCCCUGACACCAUGUACACGGCGAUCCCCAAAAGCGGCUCCCCCUUCGAUGCCUCGGUGAACCAGCCAGGCCUGCACAUCUGGCGGGUGGAGAAGAUGAAGCCGGUCCCGGUGCCGGCAGAGUCCAAGGGCAUCUUCUACUCGGGGGACUCCUACCUGGUCCUGCACAACGGCCCAGAGGAGCAAGCCAACCUGCACAUCUGGAUCGGCCAGAGCUCCUCGCGGGAUGAGCAGGGGGCCUGUGCCGUGCUCUCCACCCACCUCAACACCCUGCUGGGCGAGCGGCCCGUCCAGCACCGCGAGGUGCAGGGCAACGAGUCCGACGUCUUCAUGGAGUACUUCCCCCAUGGCAUCAAGUACCAGGAGGGCGGUGUGGAGUCCGCCUUUCACAAAACCCAGUCCAGCCAGGGCUCCGGGCCCAUCCGCAAACUCUACCAAGUGAAGGGCAAGAAAAACAUCCGGGCCACCGAGCUGGAGCUGAGCUGGGCCAGCUACAACACCGGGGACUGCUUCAUCCUGGACCUGGGCGACACCAUCUACACGUGGUGCGGGGAGACAUCCAACAUCCUGGAGCGCAACAAGGCCCGGGACCUGGCGCUGGCCAUCCGGGACAGCGAGCGGCAGGGCAAGGCCCGGGUGGAGAUCGUGUCCGACGGGGAGGAGCCGCCCGAGAUGAUCCAGGUGCUGGGUCCCAAGCCCGCUCUGAGGCAGGGCAGCCCCGAGGAGGACGUCACGGCGGAUCAGAAGAACGCGGGGGCAGCUGCUCUCUAUAAGGUGUCGGACGCGACGGGGAAGAUGAACCUAACCAAGGUGUCCGGGAGCAGCCCCUUCAGCCAGGGCCUGCUCUGCACCGAUGACUGCUUCGUCCUGGACAAUGGCCAGUGCGGCAAGAUCUACGUGUGGAAAGGGCGCAAAGCCAACCAGCAGGAACGGGAGGCAGCCCUGAAAGUGGCUGAGGAUUUCAUCUCCCGUAUGAAGUACUCCCCAAAGACCCAAGUGGAGAUCCUGCCCCAGGGCCGUGAGAGUCCCCUCUUCAGGCAGUUCUUCGCGAGCUGGAAGUGAACCUGGGGCUUGCCCCAAGGCUGCCCGGCGCUGCUUCGUCUCCGGGCCUGCCCUCCGCUCUGUAGCCACCAGGCAUCUCAUUAAAUGACCUGCGCAGGGA